AUGGGGCAAUCGAGAUUCACAUGCGAGUACUGCCAAAAGUCGUUCACGGACACGUCCGAGUCGCGGCGGCGGCACACUCGCGGCCGACUCCACAAGAUGAAGGUCAAGGAAUGGUAUGACCGCUUCCAGCGUCCAAGGACAUCCGUCUCAUCCAUGCCAUGGACCACAGUUGUCAGUUCGACCUCUGGCACGACCAACGACUCGUCCGCCCAACCACUUCUCCUCCCUCCAUCCAUGGUGCCUGCGCCCCCGCAAGUGUUCUCCCACCACGGCCUUGCGGACUGGGGAUGAGUAGUAGUAGAUAUAUCCACACCACCAUGAUACACGUUAACAAUAAUGCCCCAAGUGGCCUCCAACUAGUAGUACUAC